AUGGACAAUAUGAAUGACCAGGCAACAGCAGCAUGGUUUGAGGGUAUCGCGAUGGUCCAAUCACCGGAGCCCAACCGACUCCAGGGAUUUCUCAGCCUCGUUGACUCAAGUGAUAUCGAUUCAAACCAUAUGUGGUCGAAAUUCGUCACAACAAUGAGAUUAGAGAUCAGAGGAGUCCCAACGGGUGGAAUGUUCGAGGUCGGUCAGUUCUUGGCUUUCUCGGAGAAGAGGUUCACCAUCCUGUAA